AUGGUUGUUUACCAUCCGUUUUUACAGGAAGAUGUGAUUACGGGUGAAGAUGGUGGAUCAGAUGAUGAACAAUUAGGAGCAGAGAUUCAUGAAACGACAAGUGAAGAAUUAAAAUUAAAAGAAAUUCGAAAAUCUAAACGUUGGUUUUAUCAAAUUCAACAACAAUAUUCCAAGUUAGGAGAAGUUUAUCUGUUGUUGGAGCAUAUAAAUUUAAUCAAUCAGGAUAAACUAUGGAAGAUUCAUAAAUUAAGGAAACAGAUUACAAAGAUUGUACAAAAGAAUCAUGUUUGUGAAGGGUUGGUUGAAUUCUUCUCUGAUCUAAGACCUCCUAAUGAAUCACAAUUGAAAGUUUUAAGACAAUUAAUUCCGGCUUCUUUUAUUGAUCAAAUAGCUAUCAAAACUAGUCUUUUACCUAAUUCAUCAACUUUAAACAAAUCUAAUCAAAAUGAAAAUCAUUUGACUGCUUAUAGAACCAUAGUAAUCAAAGAAGAUGUCUUUAUUCAUCCUUUGUCAACCUUGUUUACUUCUUCAAUUAAUUCACCAGAAUAUUAG